GAAAUUUUCAAGGUGUAAACAUUUAGUUAUCAUUAAAAUCUUAGAACUAUCGGUCAUGAUAUCAAGACGAGAAAAAUUGCUAAUCCAUCCAUGGGAAUUACAAAGAUAUCAAAAACACCGACAAAAUGUUCUUAACGCUAAGGCAGCCAUUGAUGUCAAGACACCACUCAGCUAUGCACAUGUUACCGUUAAGCCAAAGAAAGUUCAAGCUGAAAGAGAACGUUUGGAAAAAAUUGAAAGAGAAAACGUCCGCCUUCUUCAAAAACUUGGCGAUAUAAUGGGUUCAAAACGAUUGAAGAAUUUUUGGAAUCAAUCACGACCAGAUUUCCUUAAUCGUGAAAAACUUUUUGAAGUGAGGCCAAAAACCUGUAAACCAACAACAUCUGAUAACACUAGAAGCCCAGAAUUGGAAUACGCACGAUUUGGCUCUUAUAAGAGGUGCCAAAGUUGUUCUGGAAGACCAGUUGAGAGAAAGACAGUUCCUGAGGAACGCAUACCAUGGCAACCAUCAAAAAAAUCUUGGAACAUACGAAAUAUCGAAGAGUAUAAUCUUAAAAAAUGUCUCCAUUGUCAUAAAUUUGUAUAAAAAAUAAAAUGCAAAUGAUUUUUUAAUAAAGAUUAA